AUGCGCCGCCCGUCGGAACCCUCCCGCCGCGCCACUCUGAUGACGCCAUCAGCGCGGGACGGGGCCGUUGCCGGGGGAACGGCGGUGGGCGCUGGCGAGAUGCAGCUGCGGCACGUCCGGACCCUGCUCACCCCCCAGGAUGGCGCAGCCAAGGUCACCUGCAUGGCCUGGGCUCCCAACAACACCCGCUUUGCUGUCUGCACUGUGGAUCGCGUGGUGCUGCUGUAUGACGAGCAAGGCGAGCGCAGGGACAAGUUCUCCACCAAACCUGCAGAUCCGAAGUACGGCAGAAAAAGCUACGUGGUGAAAGGAAUGGCUUUCUCCCCAGAUUCCACCAAGAUUGCUGUUGGGCAAACGGACAACAUUAUCUUCGUUUACAAGAUUGGGGAGGAAUGGGGUGAUAAAAAGGUGAUCUGCAACAAGUUCAUCCAAACAAGUGCUGUCACUUGCUUGCUGUGGCCAGAGGAGAACACCAUUGUCUUUGGGCUUGUCGAGGGCAAGGUUCGUUUAGCAAACACCAAGACAAACAAAUCGUCCACCAUUUAUGGGACAGACUCUUACGUGGUGUCGCUGGCCUCCAACGUCUCGGGGAAGGGUAUCCUCUCUGGCCAUGCAGAUGGAACCAUCGUGCGCUACUUCUUUGAUGAUGAAGGCUCUGGGGAGUCACAGGGCAAGCUGGCAAUGCACCCCUGCCCCCCCUAUGCCAUGGCGUGGGCGUCCAACAGCAUUGUGGCUGCUGGUUGUGACAAGAAGAUUGUGGCCUAUGGGAAGGAGGGACAUGUGAUCCAGACCUUUGACUACAGCCGGGACUCUCUGGAGAAGGAGUUCACUGUUGCGGCUGCCAGCCCCGGGGGCCAGUCGGUGGUCAUCGGCAGCUUUGACAGGCUGCGAGUGCUGAACUGGAGCCCCCGCCGGAGUGCCUGGGAGGAGGCCAAGCCCAAAGAGAUCUCUCACUUGUACACCAUCACGGCUUUGGCGUGGAAACGGGACGGCUCCCGGCUUUGUGCGGGAACCCUGUGUGGUGGGGUGGAGCAGUUUGACUACUGCCUUCGGAGGAGCAUUUACAACAACAAGUUUGAGAUGACAUAUGUGGGGCCCAGCCAGGUCAUUGUGAAGAACCUCUCCACGGGGAUGCGAGUGGUGCUGAAAUCCCACUAUGGCUAUGAAAUCGAUGAGGUGAAAAUCCUGGGAAAGGAGCGCUACCUGGUGGCCCACACCUCGGACACACUCCUCCUGGGGGACCUCGGCUCCACCAAGCUCAGCGAGGUGGCCUGGCAAGGAUCCGGUGGGAAUGAGAAGUUCUUCUUUGAGAACGAGAACGUCUGCAUGAUCUUCAAUGCGGGGGAGCUGACUCUGGUGGAAUAUGGGAGCAACGAGAUUUUGGGCUCCGUGCGCACUGAGUUCAUGAACCCACACCUCAUCAGCGUCCGCAUCAAUGAGAGGAGGCAGCGGGGGACGGAGGAGAACAAGCGGCUGGCCUACCUGGUGGACAUCAAGACCAUUGCAGCUGUGGACCUUGUGGGCUGCUACAACAUCGGCACCAUUAGCCACGACAGCAAGAUUGAUUGGCUGGAGCUGAACGAGACAGGCCAGAAGCUGCUCUUCCGGGACAAGCAGAUGAGACUGCACCUGUAUGACAUUGAGAGUGCUGCCAAGACCACCAUCCUGAGUUACUGCUCCUACGUGCAGUGGGUCCCUGGGAGUGACGUGGUGGUGGCCCAGAACCGGAACAGCCUGUGUGUCUGGUACAACAUCGACACCCCUGAGCGAGUGACCAUGUUCCCCAUGAAGGGCGACAUUGUGGACCUGGAGAGGAGCAACGGGAAGACCAAGGUGAUUGUGACCGAAGGGGUGAACACCGUCUCCUGCACCCUGGACGAAGGCCUCAUUGAGUUUGGCACAGCCAUUGAUGAUGGGGACUACCACAGGGCCGUGGCCUUCCUGGAGACUCUCGAAAUGUCUGCCGAGACGGAGGCGAUGUGGAAGACGCUGAGCCGGCUGGCCCUGGAGGCCCGGCAGCUGCACAUCGCGGAGAGGUGUUUUGCUGCGCUGGGACACGUGUCCAAGGCUCGCUUCCUCCACAAGACCAAUGAGAUUGCCAGUCAGGUGGCCAAGGAAUACGGCGGGGAUGGCACAGACUAUUACCAGGUCCGAGUCCGCCUGGCCAUGCUGGAAAAGAACUACAAGCUAGCAGAGAUGAUCUUCCUGGAGCAGAAUGCUGUGGAGGAAGCCAUGGAGAUGUACCAAGAGCUGCAUAUGUGGGAUGAGUGCAUCUCUGUGGCAGAGGCCAAGAGCCACCCUGCGCUGGAGCAGUUGCGCCAAGGCUACUACGAGUGGCUGCUGCAGACCCAGCAGGAGGAGCGGGCGGCGGAGGUGCAGGAGGGCCAGGGGGACCUGCAGGCAGCCGUCGGCCUCUACCUGAAGGCUGGGCUGCCGGCCAAAGCGGCGCGGCUGACCAUGAGCCAAGAGGAGCUGCUGGGGAACACCGACCUCGUCAACCGCAUUGCAGCAGCCCUCCUCCGGGGGGAGCUCUUUGAGCAGGCUGGGGAGCUCUUUGAGAAAAUCCGGAACCCCCAGAGGGCGCUGGAGUGUUACCGCAAGGGCAGCUCCUUCCUAAAAGCUGUGGAGCUGGCCCGUUCAGUCUUCCCCGCAGAGGUGGUGAGGCUGGAGGAGGGCUGGGGGGACCACCUGGUGCAGCAGAAGCAGCUAGAUGCAGCCAUCAACCACUACAUCGAGGCCAGGUGUGCCGUCAAGGCCAUCGAGGCCGCCAUUGGGGCCCGGCAGUGGAAGAAGGCCGUGUACAUCCUGGACACGCAAGACAGGAAGACGGCAGCCAAGUAUUACUCCAAGAUUGCCCAGCACUAUGCAGCUCUGCAGGAAUACGAGAUCGCAGAGGAGCUGUACAUCAAAGGAGACCACACGAAGGAGGCCAUUGACAUGUACACGCAGGCUGGGCGCUGGGAGCAGGCACACAAACUGGCGUCCAAGUCCAUGAGGCCUGAGGACGUCUCCGUGCUGUACAUCAGCCAGGCCCAGGAGCUGGAGAGGCAAGGCAAGCACAAGGAGGCCGAGAGGCUGUACGUCACGGUGGACGAGCCAGACCUCGCCAUCACCAUGUACAAGAAGCUCAAGAUGUAUGACGAGAUGCUUCGCCUGCUGGCCAAGUACCACAAGGACCUGCUGGGCGACACCCACCUGCACCUGGGCAAGGAGCUGGAAGCAGACGGGCGCCUGCAGGAGGCCGAGUAUCACUACCUGGAAGCCAAGGACUGGAAGGCAGCUGUCAACAUGUACCGGGUACACAACAUGUGGGAGGAGGCCUACCGGGUGGCCAAGGCUCACGGUGGGGCAAACUCCCACAAGCACGUGGCCUUCCUGUGGGCAAAGAGCCUCGGCGGAGAGGCAGCCGUGAAGCUGCUCAACAAAUUUGGACUCCUGGAAAUGGCCGUGGACCAUGCAGCGGACAACAACAUCUUUGACUUUGCCUUUGAGCUGGCUCGACUCUCACUGAAACAGAAGCUGCCCGAGAUCCAUUUCAAGUAUGGCUCCUUCUUGGAAGACGAGGGCAAGUUCGAGGAGGCUGAAGGGGAGUUUGUCAAGGCUGGGAAGCCCAAGGAAGCCGUUCUGAUGUACGCCCAUGCCCAGAACUGGGCUGCUGCACAGCGGGUGGCCGAGGCCCACGACCCCGGCAGCGUGGUGAUUGUGCUGGUGGGCCAGGCAGACGCGGCCUUCAAGCAGAAGGAGUUCCAGAAGGCAGAGGCCUUGCUGCUGCGCGCUCAGCGCCUGGACCUGGCUGUCAAGCACUACAAGGAGGCUGGCAUGUGGACGGACGCCCUCCGGGUCUGCAAGGAGUACGCCCUUGGGGAGCUGGAGGCCUUGCAGGAGGAGUAUGAGCGGGAAGUGGCCAAAAGGGGGCCCAGGGGCCUUGAAGGGAUCCUGGAGCAGGCGCGGGAGUGGGAGCAGGCGGGCGAGUACACCCGGGCCGUGGACUGCUACCUGAAGGUGCGGGACCCCGGCAACAACGCCCUGAUGGAGAAGUGCUGGAUGAAGGCGGCUGAGCUCGCCAUCAAGUUCCUCGGACAGCCACGGAGCACUGAGGUGAUGCGGACCGUGGGGCCCCAGCUGGUCAGCAUCGGCAAGUUCAGCGUGGCAGCAGAGCUCUACCUGAACCUGGACCUGAUCAAGGAAGCCAUUGACGCCUUCAUGGAAGGGGAAGAGUGGAACAAGGCCAAGCGGGUGGCCAAGGAGCUGGACCCCAGGUACGAGGAGUACGUGGACCAGCACUACAAGGAGUAUCUCAAGGACCAGGGCAAAGUGGACUCGCUGGUGGGCGUGGACGUCAUGGCUGCCCUCGACAUGUAUGUGGAAAGAGAGCAGUGGGAGAAGUGCCUGGAGACUGCUGCCAAGCAGAAUUACAAGGUCCUGCACAAGUACGUCGCACUCUACGCCACCCACCUCAUCCGGGAGGGCAGCUGGGACAAGGCCCUGAGCCUCUAUGUGCAGCACGGCGCUCCUGCCAACUCCCAGAACUUCAACAUUUACAAGCGGCUCUUCGUGGAGAUGGUGAACGUGGCUGAGAUGAACUGUGCGGAAGCCUACCGCAGCUGGGCUGACCUGCGGGAUGUGCUCUUCAGCCUGUGUGAGAAUCUGGUGAAGUCAAGUGAAGCCAACACGCCUGCUCAUGAGGAGUUUGAAGUGAUGUUGUUGGUGUGCCACUACUAUGCCACGCGGGCUGCCGCCCAGAGCCUCAAGCAGUUGGACAUGGUGGCCGCCAUGCUUUCCAUCUCCUUGCUGCGUCACACGGAGAUCAUCCCUGCAGACAAGGCCUUCUAUGAAGCUGGGACAGCAGCCAAGGGUAUCGGCUGGGAGAACAUGGCCUUCAUCUUCCUGAACCGCUUCCUGGACCUGACCGAUGCCAUCGAGGAGGGCUCGCUGGACGCCCUGGACCACUCCGACUUCCAGAACACAGACAUCCCUUUUGAGGUGCCCUUGCCUGCCCGGCAGCAUGUCUCGGAGGAGAAGCGUGAGGAGAUCCGUGACUGGGUCCUCACGGUGUCCAUGGACCAGCGGCUGGAGCAGGUGCUUCCCCGGGAUGAGCGCGACACCUAUGAGGCCUCCCUGGUGGCCGUGAGCACAGGGGUGCGUUCCCUGCCCUGCCUCAUCACAGGCUACCCUGUGCUCAGGAACAAGGUGGAGUUCAAGCGCCCCGGCAAAGAAGCCAUCAAGGAGAGCUGGAACAAGUUCCUGAUGGCUGUCAAGAUGUCGCACAGCCCUGCCUGCCAGGACGUCCUCAAGUUCAUCAGCCAGUGGUGCGGGGGCCUCCCCAGCACCAGCUUCUCCUUCCAGUGAGCGGCAGCCUGGCCCGGCCCUCCCGCUCGGGGCGGCUAUUAAACACCUCUCUGCGGGA